AUGCCAUUUGACGAUCAUGAUGAUAAUUCUACAAUGGUGGUAACGAAUUUAUUUAUGAAAGAUUUUACCAUUCCAGAAAUGUGGAACUUAGAUGCAGUAGGUAUUACUGGUCUGAUUGCUAAAAAAGACAUGGAAGAAAAGGAAAUAAAAGAUGACUCUGAAUCUGAAAAAGAUGAAAAUGAAGUAAAAAAGACCACUAAUGAAGAUCCGGUGGAAGUUGAUGAUGUGCAAUCAAAUGAAGUGGAUGCUUCAGAAGAAAGUGCAAAACCUGUUACUCCUGUCGAAGAAUUGUUGGAUACUGAAACAGAUGUGAAAGAAGAAGAUAUAGAUGAGAAAGAAGAAAGUAUAGAUGAGGAAGAAGAUGAAGAAAAUGAUACACCUUCUAAAGAGAAAAUAGUUACAUCUGUUGAGCAAGAAAAUGAUGCCUGUGUCGAGCAUUUAGAUGAAAAUGGACCCAUCUCUGAUCCUGAGCAAGAAGGCCAAGCUAACCAGCCGCUUUCUUCUGAUCUAGAAGACUCUCAAGAAGCAAAAAGAGUUGAGAAUCCAGACGACUUUCGUUCCAGGAGCUACCCAGCUAAACAGUUGCUGAAAAUGAAAUGGUGGGAGAAUUCAAUUCGGCUAAAGAAGAAUGAAGACGAAUGGUCACAAUUUGAUUUUGUUUUCAAUGAUGAAGAAAUUUCUCGAGAAAAGCGAAGGAGUGCUGUGAUAAAUACCCAAGAGCUUGUGUCGGACGAUCCCGACCAAAGAAACUGGAAAGGCAUCGGCAUUGCCCUUCUGGUCAUCGCCACUGUCUGCUCACUCAUCAUCACUGCCAUUGUUCUUCUGACGCCAGAGGAUCAAGGUCCUAGGAUACGGCAUCCUCUAAUGGAGUUGGAUGAUGUCAUGGAAGGAAUAUACAUUCCGAGGUUAUUCAAUGGCACGUGGAUAUCAGAUCACGAGUUCCUGUACAGGGAUGCUGACGGGGCGGCAACUAUUUACGAUGCCGAAACGCUCAAAAGAACCGUCAUCAUGCCCAACACCACAUUCAGACAAAUGAAUGUGCACCAGUACAGUCUUUCACCAGACAGGAGAUAUAUCUUGUUAGCUGUUGAUCAUAAAAAAAUGUACAGGCAUUCCUUUCUAGCAAAAUACAGAAUUUAUAAUAUUAGUAACGAACACGUUGUUCCUCUUCUUCGGGACGAUUCCAAUGCUAUGCUCCAAUUUGCUCAAUGGGGACGAGGUGGGAGUCAGCUGGUAUUUGUUAAAGACAGCAACAUGUACUAUAUGCCACAAUUCAGUGCCCUCACAUUACCAAGGCCUUUAACGUCAGAUGGCAUUGAUGACGUAAUACUCAACGGAAUUCCUGAUUGGGUGUAUGAAGAAGAAAUUCUUGGCUCAAACCACGCCAUCUGGUGGUCCCCGGAUGGCAUGAAAAUAGCUUAUGCCAGCUUCAACGAUUCCGACGUCGACCUGAUAAACCUUCCCACUUACGGAGAUUACCAUGACGUCACGAAUCUGUACCCACAGUUCAAGAGAUUCAGGUACCCAAAGGCCGGUAGAAAAAACCCAACUGUCCGGCUUUGGGUGAUUGACUUGACUAGAAUGGAUUACGCCAAAAAAGAAAUUGUGCCUCCAGACGAAUACAAUGGCAAGGAAUUUUACUUCACUUCACUGCAGUGGGUGACGGAGAACAGACUUGCUGUCAUGUGGUUGAAACGUUUCCAGAAUUCUUCUUUGGUGUCCAUCUGUGAUUCAGCAGGGCUGACCUAUUUCUGCGAUAAGAACCUUCCGAGAGACAGCCACGGCAGAGGUUGGGUUGACAUUCAGGAUAGGCCAGUCUUUGGUGAAAAUAAACGUUAUUAUUUUUUACGAUUGCCGCUGGCUGAUGGAAAAGCAGGUUAUUUUCGACACAUUGCUAUGAUUAAUACUAGCGUAAUGCUAGCGGAUUCAGAAUACUACUACAAGUCUCGCAUUCUGUUAUCAAUGUCAAAAUCUUUUUCACUCUUUCAGAAUGGAAGGAAGACCUUUCUGACACAUGGGCAGUAUGAUGUCAUCCAGAUAUUAGCUCAUCAAAGAGAGAACAAUACUGUGUAUUACCUCACCACGCUUUUAGACAAGCCAAGCCAGCGACACCUGUUCUCUGUGACAGAUAUGGAAUCGGACAUGCCUAGGACAGAAGAGUGCCUAACUUGCGACCUCGGUGAAGAUUGUACUUACGUGGAUGCCAUUUUCAGCCCUGGUGCAAAAUAUUAUGUCCUUGAAUGUCUUGGUCCAGGUGUGCCCUGGAUAGAGCUGCGAACGACAGAUGGACACGCUAGAUUGGAGGUGCUAGAUUCCAAUGACAACGUCCGAAAUAAUAUAGAAAACACAGCCAUGCCACAACUCAGGACUUUUAAUGUGCCUAUAGAAGGAGGAUAUAAUGCAAACGUUCGUUUGUUACUACCGCCUGGCCUUAGAGAUGAAGAAAUGGUGAAAUAUCCAAUGGUUAUCAAUGUAUAUGGAGGCCCAGGAAGCCAGCUUGUCACAGAUCGUUUCUCCGUGCAUUGGGGCAGUUAUUUGGCAAGCAGGAAGAAUUUUGUAUAUUCUUGGAUUGAUGGUCGAGGCAGUGGGAACCAAGGUGACAAGAGGCUGCAUGAAGUCUAUCGCAGACUAGGAAGUACUGAAAUCCAGGAUCAGUUAGCUGUUGCUAGUUAUCUGAAAAACGAAGUACCCUUUAUCGAUCGGUACCGUACAGCCAUUUGGGGCUGGUCCUACGGUGGUUACAGCACAAUUAUGGCAUUGGCCACAGAUAGCCAGGUUUUCAACUGUGGCAUUGCUGUAGCACCAGUUACUAGUUGGCUUUAUUAUGAUUCUGUGUUUUCGGAGCGUUACAUGCAAAUGCCUUGGCCUACAGACAAUUACAUUGGUUACGAGAAAGCGGAUGUUACAAAAAAGGCUGCAAACAUCAAAGACAAGAAGCUCCUCCUGAUUCACGGUACAGCUGACGAUAACGUACAUGCUCAACAAUCGUUGAUGUUGAUGAAAGCUAUCACAGAUGCUGGAGUCAUGUAUCAUGCACAGGUGUAUCCGGACGAAUCACAUGGGUUGACGAAUGUAAAGUCGCACUUGUAUAGGACGAUGGAAAGUUUCCUAGACAACUGCUUCGGGAUUCCUGAAGGCGAGGAAAGAUUACCGCCACAGACAGAUGAGAGAAGAUAG